GUGCCAUAAGGUAAUUGUAAAAUAUACACUCGAUUUAUUAAUAAUUCUUGUUAUGAGGUUUUUUAUUUACAACUACAUACUUGAAUUGUUAGAUUAAAUUAUUUUGCCAAGUGUCAACUGAUUAUUGCUAAUUUUUUCCAAUGUGUAUAAUACGAUGAUUUCCGAUUAAUCACCUGGUCUUCCAUUGAGUUGCAUUUCGAACAUGGCUCCAAGAAAGGGGAAAGUUCAGCAAGAACAAGUGCAAGUUUCUCUUGGACCUCAAGUUCGUGAAGGAGAAAUAGUUUUUGGAGUGGCACAUAUAUUUGCAAGUUUUAAUGAUACCUUUGUUCAUGUCACAGAUUUAUCAGGAAGGGAAACGAUUGCGAGGGUGACGGGAGGUAUGAAGGUGAAGGCUGACAGGGACGAGGCGUCGCCGUACGCUGCCAUGUUGGCAGCCCAGGACGUGGCGGAGAAGUGCAAGUCGCUGGGCAUCACGGCGCUGCACAUCAAGCUGAGGGCCACCGGCGGGAACAAGACCAAGACGCCGGGGCCCGGGGCCCAGUCGGCCCUGCGGGCGCUCGCCCGCUCCAGCAUGAAGAUCGGCCGCAUCGAGGACGUCACGCCCAUCCCCUCCGACUCCACGCGCAGGAAGGGCGGCCGUCGCGGCCGCAGGCUGUAGACCCGCCUCUUUGUUUCGUUCAAUAAAUAAAACUAAAAUUGUAAGACGACAA